UCAGCCUUCAGGUUCUUCAUCUUCAUCCUUGACUGCGCUAAAGCGUCUGAAGCUCACAAUUCUUUCUUCAUCUCUAACUUAAAUUUUCAGGUUCCGAUCUCAAAACUCUCUCUCUUUUUUCACACUUCCUUCCAUGGCUAUGAUCUCCUAUCAACCGCCAUUGAAGUCGUUGACCAUUCCUCCAGUUUCUUUAUCUAACCCUAAACCUGUUCUCUUCAGGUGCAGUUUGUCUCUUCCAUCUAGAGCCGCCGUCACCUCGGUCGAACCUCAACCGGUUUUCUCCUCCGUCAAGGCCUUUGCUCCUGCAACCGUCGCUAAUUUAGGCCCCGGCUUUGAUUUCCUUGGCUGCGCUGUUGAUGGCUUGGGAGAUUAUGUCUCUCUUAGUGUUGAUUCCAAUGUUCAUCCAGGUGAAGUUGCGAUUUCUGAUAUUACAGGGAACAACACGAAUAAACUUAGUAAAAAUCCUCUCUAUAAUUGUGCUGGUAUUGCUGCUAUUGAGGUUAUGAAAAUGCUAGGGAUUCGAUCUGUUGGUCUUUCUCUUUCGCUUGAGAAAGGUUUGCCGUUAGGGAGUGGAUUGGGAUCUAGUGCUGCGAGUGCAGCUGCUGCUGCGAUUGCUGUUAAUGGAUUGUUCGGUGGGAAAUUAGGAGUAGAGGAAUUGGUUCUCGCGGGGUUGAAAUCGGAAGAGAAGGUUUCUGGAUAUCAUGCGGAUAAUGUCGCACCGGCUAUCAUGGGGGGUUUCAUUCUGAUUCGAAAUUACGAACCCUUGGAAUUGAUUCGUUUGAAAUUCCCCGUCGAUAAGGAGCUGUUCUUCGUGUUGGUCAGCCCGGAAUUCGAAGCACCGACGAAGAAAAUGCGGGCUGCGUUACCUGCUGAAGUUGGGAUGCCACACCAUGUGUGGAAUUCCAGCCAAGCCGGGGCGUUGGUGGCCGCGGUGCUGCAGGGCGACACGAUGGGAUUGGGGAAAGCAUUGUCCUCAGACAAAAUUGUGGAGCCAAGGCGUUCCCCAUUAAUUCCAGGUAUGGAUGGUGUUAAGAAGGCAGCCAUUGCUGCUGGGGCAUUUGGGUGCACGAUAAGUGGAGCAGGGCCAACGGCGGUGGCAGUGAUCGAUAACGAAGAGCAGGGGAAGGAGAUUGGUGAGAGGAUGGUUAUGGCGUUUCUGAAGGAAGGAAAUUUGAAAGCUGCGGCAUCUGUAAAGAGACUAGAUCGAGUUGGUGCAAGGCUUAUUGGAUCAACUCCUUUAGAUAGAGUUUUAUGAGAAGCAUAUGUUUAUGAUACUUUGAUGCUGCUUCAAAUGCUGACUUUCUGUGGCUUCAUCAUUUGAGAAAUGGUUAAUAAAUUUGAUUCCGCCAUAGAAAUGGGUAUCUGAAUGAUCUCAUGCUAUGUUUUUUGUUGUUUCUGAUUGCAGAAGCGUGGAUUGGAAUGAUCUUGUGCUGAUUCUCUCUUUCCAACCAAGAGGCAUGUUUUUUUUUUUUU